AGAAUAAGGUCAAUAGUAAAGAUGGAGAUUGAGGAAGAAACCUGCAGAAUAAAGCAAGAAGAGACAGAGGAACAAACAGAUGAAGAUGGAGAUGCAGUCAGUUCACAGACGGAACCAACCUUCAGACAUAAGCGAGCUGAAAAGACUGCAGUCCACGAAUCUUUCAGCUCUGAGCGUGGGAAGACUUACAAACAUAAAGACAGUCUUUACAGACACACAGGAUUUCACACAGGAACAGGCCUGUACACGUGCCCUCAGUGUGGAAAGGGUUUUACUCGGAAAGGAAGUUUGCGAAUACACACGAGGAUUCACACCGGAGAAAGGCCGUAUACCUGCACCCAGUGUGGAAAGAGUUUCAUCGAUCUAUCAUCAAUAUCGAAACACAUGAGAGUUCACUCCAGAGUGAAACCGUUCACAUGCACGGAGUGUGGGAAGAGUUUCAAACAUAAAAACAGUCUACAACAUCACCAGCUCACUCACUCUGGAGUAAAGCCAUUCAGCUGUGAUCAGUGCCAUAUGACAUUUAUAACAGCAGCAUGCUUAAAGCGACACCUUCCUGUUCACGCUGACGUGAAGCCUUACAUGUGUUUCUGUGGGAAAAGCUAUUCAGCCAUGUCUAUAUUAAAAGAUCAUCAGACUGUUCACACUGGAGGAAAGCCGUAUCAGUGUUCACACUGUGAGAGGAGUUUCAGUCAGCCGGGAGGCCUGAAAGCUCAUGAGAGGACUCACACUGAAGAGAAACCCUAUGCGUGUUCAGACUGCUGGAAGAGCUUUGGAAGCUUUUGUAACUUAAAAAGACACCAGAGGAUUCACACUGGAGAGAAACCGUAUACGUGUUCACACUGUGGGAAGAGUUUCACCCAGUCAGGUAACCUGAAGGAGCAUCAGAAAAUUCACGCUGGAAAAAAGCAGCACCAGCGCUCUUAAUGUGGGAAGAGUUUUGCUGAAUUUCCUAAUCGAUGGACAGAAAUCAUGACUUAAAGCUGCCUGAAUAAGAAAUCUUGGUAACACUUUACAAUAAGGUUCAUAAGUUAAUGCAUUUACUAACAUGAACUAAUCAUGAACAACACAUGUACAGCAUUUAUUAAUCAUAAUUGAACAUUUACUAAUGCAUUAUUAAUAUCCAAGUCCAUGCUUGUUAACAUUAGUUAAUGCAUCAUGAGUUAACAUGAACUAACAAUGAACUACUGUAUUUUCAUUAACUAAUGUUUACAAGCAUGAAUAAAUACUGUAUAUGUAUUGUUUAUUGUUUGUUCAUGUUAGUAAAUCCAUUACUUAACAUUAACUAAUGAACCUUAUUGUAAAGUGUGACUGAAAUCUUUCACAUUCAGGUCCAUCAUUGGAGGUAAACUGUGUGUCUUUCAGAUAUACUGUAAAAGCUGGAUUAAAUCCAGGGCCAGACGGAAUCUGCAGAUGUUUUUUACUUUUUCUGCUGAGAAUUUUGGCAAAAAUCUGCGGAUUUCUGCGGAAUUAUUUUGGGAGUAUCAUAACUAAAACCUUAAUAUGUGAAAUAAAAAGUAAUCCCCUUAUAACUUCUAUUUAAUGUUUAAAUUGCAACUCUAAUUAUAUUCAUUUUAUUUGUUAAACAAAGUGUCUCAUAUAAUAUCUCUACUAAAAGACAGAAAAUAUUGCUUUACAAACGGCAUUGUACAUAAAUCAGAUGAACAUUUUCAUAUUAGUCAAUAAUAUUACUGUAAUUAAUUUAAAAACUAAAUAAAUUUAGAUUCACACACAUUUACUCAAGUAAAUAAACAGAAUUAAUGAUGGGCAAAAAAUCUGAGGAAAUCUGGGGAAAAUCUGCAGAAUUUCGAGCAUUUCUAAAUUAAUGGCCACUUGUAAGUUUGGUCAUUACAGAGGCUUGUUCAUAAUGAUGUCAUUUAUUCGUGCCAUGGGAAAUGUUGUGCACUGACUGCAUAUUUCAUCACUAUGAGAAAUAAAAAGAAAACCAUAUUGCAUGGCUAA